GUGGUCCUCUUGGAGCUGCUGUAGCGGUGCUGGCGCCUGGUGAGCCUACGGAAUGAGCACCGCGGAGGCCGACAGCUGGGCGUGGCUGCUGGUGCUGAGCUUCGUGUUCGGGUGCAAUGUCCUCAGGAUCCUCCUUCCGUCCUUUUCUUCCUUCAUGUCCAGGGUACUGCAGAAGGACGCAGAGCAGGAGUCACAGAUGAGAGCAGAAAUCCAGGAUAUGAAGCAAGAGCUCUCCACCGUCAACAUGAUGGACGAAUUUGCCAGAUACGCCAGACUGGAAAGAAAGAUCAACAAAAUGACUGAUAAACUCAAAACUCACGUGAAAGCACGGACAGCUCAAUUAGCCAAAAUAAAAUGGGUGAUAAGUGUUGCUUUCUAUGUGUUGCAGGCUGCACUGAUGAUCUCACUUAUUUGGAAGUAUUACUCCGUGCCUGUGGCUGUGGUGCCGAGUAAGUGGAUAACUCCGCUAGAUCGCCUUGUAGCAUUUCCUACUAGAGUAGCAGGUGGUGUUGGGAUUACUUGUUGGAUUUUAGUCUGUAACAAGGUUGUGGCUAUUGUGCUUCACCCUUUCAGCUGA